AGUCUGGUUUACGGCAAAUGUGGGAGGCAUUACUAUAAAAGAAGGCACACUGCAUUCUUCUCCAUACCCUUUUGCUUUCUUUAUCCAAUAAUAAUAAUAAUAACUCCCUUUGUGCUCUGAUCUGAUAUCUAAUAUCUAAUGUAAUGAAUGAACUCCCCACGAGUGCGAGUGGCUCCGAUUGAGUAAAUUAUAUAUAAAUAGAGAAGAAGUAGGUGUGUAGGAUGGAGAAGGUGCUUAGAUUGCCUCCGGGGUUCCGUUUCCACCCGACGGAUGAGGAACUUGUGGUCCAAUACUUGAAGCGUAAGGUCUUCUCCUGCCCUUUGCCAGCCUCCAUCAUUCCAGAGGUUGAUGUUUGCAAGUCUGAUCCUUGGGAUUUGCCUGGUGAGUUGGAACAAGAGAGGUACUUCUUCAGCACCAAAGAGGCCAAAUAUCCCAACGGGAAUCGCUCCAACAGAGCCACCAAUUCAGGUUAUUGGAAGGCAACUGGGUUGGACAAGCAAAUUGUAACCAACCAAGUUGUGGGGAUGAAGAAGACGCUUGUUUUCUACAGAGGCAAGCCACCUCAUGGCUCCAGAACUGAUUGGAUCAUGCAUGAAUAUCGCCUCCUCAACAUCAACAAUUCCUCCCCCUCCUCUAAGAGCCCUUUGGAAAAUUGGGUUCUAUGUAGGAUAUUUUUGAAGAGGAGAAGUGGUGCUAAAAGCCUUGAUAACAUCCGCAAGGUGAAGAACUCAAAGCUUGUUUUCUAUGACUUCCUCGCACAGAACAAGACCGAUUCCUCCUCCUCCAGUGGAAUUACAGAGCUUUCAGAUCAUGAACACGAAGAGAGUAGUAGCUCCAACACCUUCCCUUACUUUAGAACAAAACAAUCUUGAUUUCCCUUUAUGUAUUGUGCUCUAAUGUAAUUAUCCACCGGCAUUAAGGCUAGUCAUGUUUUUCAUUCAAAUGCAAAUGCUACUCCUUUCGUUUCA